CUUGCGCCGGCGGACCGUGUGCUCGCGUCAGGCUGCUGACCUGUCCUCCUGGUGGGUGCUGGAGCCUCCAAACUCACUCGCGAAGUGAAGUUCGCAGCACACGGGUCUCCGGAGGCUGUGGUCGGUAAACAUAUCCCAAAGAAGACAUGUCCCAGCAGCUUAUUAAAUUUGGACGGCUGUAAACAUGUGUUCCAUAGAGAUAGAUUUUAUAUCACUGAGAUGACAUAGAGGUGACGGGACGUGAGUUGAGAAAAAAAUCUCCCAGACAUUCUCGUCUCUCAAGAGGAAGGUGGAAAAGAAAUAGUGUCGGAACACCGAGUUUUGCAGACUGGGAGAGAGGUAGUGAUACUGGCCAGCAGAGAGACAGACAAACUCUCUUGCUAGCGUCCCUAAGGACACGAGAGAAAAGCCGAGCUUAUUGGGAAUAGAUAAAGAUAUCUCGGCCGAGGCGAGAGACGGAGGGGGUGAGGUAAAAGAAAGGAUCAACGUCUCCUAGGAAAAGAGUGUGAGAGAGAGUGAAUCAUCAAUAAAGAAAACGUGAAAACGAGCCAGUCAGCAGCGCAAGAUAAACUCCAAAAAAUAAUAUGUACAGACGGUGAGAGUAAGGACAGAGGGGAGAAAUAUAUACAGCGGAGAAUAAGAGAGACGGAGAAUAGAUAUAAACAGACGUGGAGACUAAGAAACGCAAAAAUAUAAGUCUCCUGUUAGGAAAUUGAGACAUCGAGGCCAGGAUCUCAAACCAUAACCUGCAGUGCAGACGGUAAACAAUGUGUCGAGUGUGUCAGCUGCUGACUCUCCUCAGCGUUCUACUGUCUGCUCUACCUUCUUCUCACUCCCAAAACGACCACAUGUGGUCAGUGACAGGUGUGGCCGGACGCUCCAGUGACCUUCCCUGCUACCUCAGUCCUCGCACACCAGGUGACAGACCCAAGCUCAUUCUCUGGUACAAACGAGGAACUCGCACCCCAGUCUUUAGCCACGACGGUCGGGAGCCACAGAUGCGGUCGGAUAUUAAGAAGAGCGAAGGUUCUCUGUCUGUGAGUCGGGGAGCUGCUACAUUAACCCUACACAACCUGACCGUCCAGCAGGCAGCUGUGUACGAGUGCCGGGUUGACUUCUUCAAGUCACCCACACACACCAACCUCGUCAACCUCACCAUCAUAGAGCCGGCCAGCAACCUGGAGGUGGUGGAUAGUGAUGGUGGGACUGCCAGGGACGGUGUUCUUGGUCCUUACAGAGAAGGUGUUUCUAUCACCUUCACCUGCACUGCGAGAGGAGGUUCUCCGUCGCCCAACGUGACCUGGUGGAGAGGCAGUGAGCAGUUAAGUGACACGUGGCACCAGAGUGGACCUGAACAGGUCACCAACGACCUGAGAGUGGAAAGACUGACCCGUGACUGGCACAAUCAGACCCUCACUUGCCUGGCUGCCAACACUCACCUGGCCAGCCCCGUCUCUGUCACCCUGGUGGUGCACAUGUUCUUGCUGCCCACUAGCGUGGUAAUCAGUAAUCCAGGACCGGUGAGAGAGGGACAAGAGGUUCGUCUCGUGUGUUCCUCAACUGGUUCUAGGCCCUCGGCAGCGCUCUCCUGGACGGUGAGAGGAGUCACCAGACCUGCACAGAAGGAGAACCUGGUAUAUGGUGAAGUGACCAGCUCGACACUGGUGACCAACCUCACUCGUCAAGACCACAACACGCAGGUGACCUGCCGAGCUGCCAACCCAGCCGUACCUGAUUCCCCGCUAGCCAACUCCACCACCCUCAUUGUCCACUACCCGCCGACAGUGUCUGCUUCCUUGGGCCGUUCCUUAAAUCCAGAGUUUCUUAAAGAGGGAGUCGACGUGUAUUUCACCUGCACCGUGGCCGCCAACCCUCCCGCCUCCAGCAUCACCUGGUACCACGAGGGGACGGCCCAGGUUCAGAACGUGACCAUGGGGGUGAUCCUUUCGGGGGAAUCUCUGGUGCUACAGAAGGUAGGGCGGCGUCAGGCAGGACAGUACACUUGUGCCGCCACCAACACCAUCACCACCACAACCAGCAGCCCUGUCACCCUCAGGAUCAAGUAUAAGCCUGUAUGCCAGACAUCUCCGACUACUUACUUCAUCUACGACAAGCCCAUCAACGUGACCUGUUCCGUCUCUUCGUUCCCACCUGUGCGCUCCAUCCUCUGGCAGUGGAACAGCAGCAACGAAGUUAUUAGCACUGAGGUCACAAACGAGGAUGAGCAGCAGCGCACCUGGUCUCAGCUUAGCGUGGAACCCAUACAAACGAAGGAGGACCGAACUCUCACCUGCUGGGCAGUCAACGAGAUGGGCAAGCAGACCACUCCCUGCGGCUUCGCUGUCAAAGUCGCACAGAUGCCGCUGCCGCUGUCGUCGUGUCGUCUCGCUAACAUCACCGCCUCCUCCCUCAGCCUCACCUGCCAGAGGCCAGAUGUCGCCGCCGCCGGCACCACCCUCUACAGAGCUGAGGUGUACUUUGAGAAUCGAACACUCUUCGCUAACGUCACAUCUCAUCGUCCCAACUUCAAUGUGAGUCGGCUGGACGCUGGCACCAGCUACCAGAUCAAGGUGUAUGUCACCCACGGUCCUGUCACCUCCCAGCCCGUGGUGGUGUCUGCCUACACUUCCAGACCUUCCAGGACGACACAAGAUACUCGCGGUGGAAGCAGCUCUGUGGGCAAGGUGCUAGCCGGUUUGUUGCUGGCGGUGCUACUUUUGGUGGGAGGUGUGUGGACCAGACACUACUGUCGCAAGAGGAACACCAGGAGAAAACACGACCCCAGGCUGCCUUCAGACGAGAGUAACCCUGACGUGGUGCCCAACACCGUAGAAGACACCUUCGACCUGCUGACUCCGGAAGCAACGAAAUCUGAGGUUCCAAUUUUAACGCCAGUGUACGACGCCAUAGCCAGGCAAUCUCUGGCGUCGGCGGAGGUGUAUCCAGACGUCAGACUGAAGCCUAAAGAUUCUGAAGAGUACCAGGGGGCGAGACUUCAACACAGGGACCUUGAAGACUUUCCGAAAGUCCGAGAGAUGAGCGAAGACUCUGAAAUUUACCCCGGGGUCCGCCUUCCAUACUCAGACCCCGAGGACGACUCAGAGAUGGGACUCAGAGGUAGAAGCCCCGAGGAUUACCUCGGCGUAAGGUUUCAGCAUCAAGCUCCCUCCGAGGAGUACCCGGGUAGAAGACUUCAGCAUCAAGACCCGUCCGAGGAGUAUUCGGGACGGAGGCUUCAGCAUAAGCACCCCUCCCAGGAAUACCUGGAGAGGAGGUCUCACACAGACUCCCUGGACGAAUACCCGGAAAGGAGACAUCACCAGGACCCCUCAGAGGAAUAUCUGGGAAGGAGGCUCCAUCAAGACCUCUCUGAGGAAUAUUCAGGGAGGAGGCUUCCCCAUAAAGACCCCUCGGAGGACCCAGUAAGGAGGCUUCAACACGAAGACACAGAGGAGUACGAGAGACCAAGACCUGACUUCCACUGUCAGGUGGACCAGUUGAUGCAGUCUGCGGAGACUAUCGUCUGAGGCACCCAAGCAAUCACGAUUCCCCGACUGCAGCCUGGCUACUCACCUCAGCUUCCUCAUCGAUAAGAUGUUCUUGCCCUCCAAAUUCUGUUCUGUGAUGGCAUUUGUCAUUGGUUGGAAUGAAGUACAUACA